AUGUACAGGGUCCCCAGGGCCCUGCGGCACUGGGCCAGGGACAGCUCAUCCCCAGUUUCUGCAGGUGCAACCUGGGCCCCCUUGCCUCAGGCUGCCUUACAAAAUGCCGCUGCUCUCACUACGGCCCUUGACAGCAGCAACGGCCAACUCCCCCAGUUGGGUGGGUGUGCUGCAGACCCAACCCCAGAAGCCCAGUCCCCUCCACCAGCACUCCCAAUCCUGACACUGCCGGUGCUAGCCCGACGGUGUGACGUCUCAGCCUCGCCCUCCCACCCCACCCAUCCCAGGAAACUUGGGGAACCCUCACUCAGGAGGCAGGUCAUGUGGGCCAGUUUGUGUGCCGCCAGCAGGGAACAGGAAAGCUCAGAGACCUAUCAGGCCCCCAGCAGAUGGCCCCAUGGUCACAUGCUCUCCUGCCAGGGCCGUUUGGUAGGUCUCACCCAGUUGAGACAGGCGGCCACCCAUGUGCCUUUCCCACUCAGGACCUGCUGCAGGUGGCGUCUGGGCCAGGGCUGGUCUCCAGACGGAGUGCAUGACAUUUCAAUAAAAGGUGUGACCCAGCGUGGCUCUAGGACUGCUUCUGGAAGGGCAGGGGAGCUCGCCUCCCUCACCUCUGCUCCACUCCCAGGGCAGCCAGGCUCCCGGGGUGGGAAGCCCUCGGGAGUGGGAGGAGCAAGAAGGGCAGACUUAGCAGGUGUCUGGACUCAUGCAUCCUCACUGGCAGGGAAGCGAGGCCCUGAGAGGUGCAGGUGGCAUCAGGAUCCAGAGGUCUGCUGGCUGCGCCUGUGCCUCCUCCCAGGCUCGGGCCCCUCUGACCGAGGUUACGGUCAGGCCUCCAGCACCAGGCUCCCCUCGCUGGGAGCAGCUGGACAGGGGGGCCAGGAGGAGAAUGUCAUGUCAUGUCAUCUGCCCCUCUUCCCCCAGGAACCCUCUCCGGGCUUCUGUCCAGCGGGGGAGGCAGAGCACUCAGGCAGGCCAGGGCCAGCAGCACUUAGGACACACAGGAUGGAGAGCUGCCUGCAUGGAGCCUGGAGCCCGAGGACUCCAGGGUGAAGCAUGUUCCUCUAGGUCCCCUGGGGGGCCCUCUAUGGUCAUGACCAGCUUGGCUUCCAUAGCAGCUCCGUGAGAAACCAGCCACCUCUUGGGAGUCUGCUCACUUUCCUGCCCACAUACGUGUCAGCAGGAUUUCCUCCAAGCAGCAGCUCAGGGGCCUGAGGCCCCUCUAGCCUGCAGAGCUGCCAUCCCCACAGCUGACUGUGUCUAUCUGUGGCACAGGUGGGAUGGGACCUGCUGUGGAGGAGGCUGGGGACAGGUUCUAGGCAUACAAACAAGGAGCCUGCGUGCUGAGGCCUGGAUGGGAAGAAGACAGCACAAGCCCGCUGCGAUCUGGACUUGGGGAGGGCUCUUUGCUCACAGCAUGAGGCAGGGUCCCCUCAAGGCAGCCUGGCUGGCAAGGUGAACCUGGGUGGUUCAAAGCCCGGAGUUAGAUGGCAGGAAAGACCAGCACACACAGCUCUUGGUCUCUGGGUAAAAGAAAGCAAUUUUGUUUUUUUAAACUGAGGUAUAGUUACUAUACAAUUAAAUAAGUUUCAGGUGUUCAAGAUAGUGAUUCAGUUGGCCUGCCCAACACUUCCACAAACAAUGCCCUGUAUUAAAUCCAUUCUGUUUAAAAUACCAAGGGUGGGUUUUUUCCCCCUAAUUAGACACUGACUGUUCCAUUUACAGUUGAGAAAGGUGAUAUUCAGAGAGGAAAUGACUAACCAAAGGCAAACCCAGUAUCUCUCCUGUCACCCUAGUCACGUUACUGGGUCACAACGCUUUGUCCCCAGCUCUUCCUUGCACACUCCUCCUCCAGGCCCAUGCAAAUGCCAUCUCUUGAAAAGACCCCUAACUACCUGUAACCUCCAAGUCAUCUAUUACAUCAUUCUGCUUAAUUUAU